GAUGCAGAAUGCACGUUCGUCUAACAUUGUGGGUGGACACCACAACGCGGGAUUCGCGCUUCCGUCUCAUCAGCGUCGAAUCCCGCCGGCCAUGCCCCCGUGGGAAUAUCGGACACAGCAGCAGACGCAGCAAUGAAUGGGUCGCCUACAGCUGAAUAAUGAUGAUCUGAUCUCCCCGCCGUUGGGCUUCCGGAUAGCAAGAGAGGUGCCUGUGCAUGAGCGAAUGCAGCUAUGGAAACGUAUAAGAGAAACCCCAUCGCCCACACUCGUCGGGAUUUGGAACAACCAGAAUCAACCACAGUCCAACAGAUCAUACCCAACCGGCCGAAUUUCAAUAUCCCCAGUCACAAAAAUCUCAUCUGCACGCCGGCAACAUGAGCACCUUCAAGAACGUCGCCCUCCUUGGUGUAAGUCCUUGCUUGUCACAUCACCUACCGAAUUCCAGAUGCUAACCCUCCCACAGAAGGGAUAUCUUGGGUCUGCUAUCCUCAAGGAGCUUGUUGAAGGCGGCUUCAACGUCACUGUUCUUGGUCGCUCCGAGUCGACCAAGGACGGCCUCCCCGACGGCGUCGGAUUCAAAGUCGUCGACUAUGGAUCAAUCGAUAGCCUCACCCCGGCUCUCCAAGGCCAGGACGUAGUCGUGUCAACUGUGAGCAAGGCCGGCCUGCUCAGCCAGCCCGUCGCCAUCGACGCAUGCAUCAAGGCCGGCGUCAAGCGUUACAUUCCCUCCGACUGGGGCUCCUUCACGACCGACCCCAAGGCGCACAGCGACCUGGCCACCGUCCUCGGUCCCAUGUUUAACGCCCAGAAGUAUGUCAUUGAGAAGGCCCGCGCCGGCGAGAUUGAGUACACCAUCUUCUCCGUCGGCGGCUUUAUCGACCUCUUUACCCGAAUCCCCGUCGCCUUCGAUUUCGCCAAUAAGAGCAUCACCAUGUACGACGACGGCGUCCAUCCCUUCAGCAUAACGAGCAUCGCCAGCAUCGGCAAGGCCGUCGUCGGCGCCCUCAAGAACCCUGACGCCACCAAGAACCGCAAUCUCAAGAUUCACGAGCUCCUUGUAUCCCAGGCGCAGCUGCUAGCGCUGGCGAAGAAGCUAUCACCCCCGGGAACGCAGUGGAAGGAGACUAAGCUGGACGGCAAGACCGAGUGGGACAGUGCUCUGAAGGCUGUGUUGGAGGACCCUUACAACGAGCAAAAGAUUCUCGAGGUCAUCAAGACCAGUCUGUUCAGCGGACGCUACGAAUCUGCGUACGGCAAGGUCGACAACGAGCUGGUGGGUGUCCCGCUCCUUACUGAGAAGGAUCUGGAGGAGAAAAUGGCGGCUUCCUUCAGUUCUUAG